AUGUCCCCUACUGUCUCCCGACCAAGCUUUCCCUCAAUACAGGGCGCUCAUAGCACGACCUUCACGACCCCGCCUCUUGACAGGAACCUCACCUUUGCCGAGAUUCUAGCCUUUCACGCCGAGCAUAGCGCCACGCAUAAACUGUUUGUUUACUCCGAGGAUGGCAUCAUCAAGUCCAUCGACUAUGCCACGGCAUUCCGCGCGCAGAAGGUUGCCGCAAGUAUCGUCAAGGCCGCUUUCGAAGCCGGCAAAGAGCUCUAUCCCAGUGAUGUCGCACGUCCCGUCUUCGGCAUUCUCGCGAGCGCGGAUACCGUGACCUACGCGACCGUGCUCUUCGGUAUCCAGCAGACCGGCGCUAUACCGUUCCCUAUCUCUACGCGCAAUUCAGCGGCCGCAAUUGCCCACUUGAUUCGCACGACAGGCGUACGUCAGGUCUUCUUGAGCGAGGAUGCCGCCAUGCGCGCUCUCGCAUCCGAGACCGUUGACCUCCUGGCGAAGGACGGCUACGAGAUUGGUCUGCUUGAUUUACCCCGCUUCGAAGUCUUGUACGGCUCAACGACACCGCCGUGUCCGACCCUCGAGGAUUCUCGUAUUGCGCCCCUGUCUGCGGACGCUCUCGCGCUCGUCCUGCACUCAAGUGGCACGAGCGCGUUUCCGAAACCCAUUCAGGUCAACAACCACAACUUUAGGUCCUGGGGCAUCGUUUUCUACUAUGGUGAAGUCGAUGUAUGCGGUACUCGCUGGGGUUCUCAGGCAGUACCGAUGUUCCACGCCAUGGGAACGAUGAUUCUCACCUGGGCCGUCUACUGCGGCCUUGAACUCGCGGUCUACAAGCCUGUGCGCCCACCGGUACUAGCCAAUCCAUCGUCUUUCCUACGCGAUGUCGUCGAAACGAAGUCGAAACGGAUCAUGACUGUUCCAGCGCACAUUGAGGCAUGGUCGCACGAUCCAGCGAACCUCGAACUACUCAAGCGCCAUGUUGAGCGCAUCGUGUUUGGUGGAGGUCCGUUGAACAAGCAGGUCGGCGAUGCGCUUCAAGCACAAGGCAUCGGUCUUGAUGUAGGCUAUGGGAUGCGAGUACUCUUUCUUUCAAGCUGGCUUGAAACAUCGCGCCCCGCUGAAUGGGACUACUUCCGUCUUCCUCACCCUGAUCACAUCCCCGUCGAGUUAGUCCCGUACGACGGCCAGGAUGGGCUGUUGGAGCCUGUGGCCAUGGUCGGAGAGCACUUCAGCCCUAACGUCAUCAACACCACCGUCAACGGCAAACCUGGUUUUGCGACCGGCGAUCUUGUCCAAGAGCACCCAUUGUACAAGGGCAUCUACAAGAUCUUUGGUCGCGCCGACGAGCAGAUUAUGCUGUCAACGGGAGAGAAGACCAAUCCAGUUCCAUUAGAGAGGAUUCUCUUGCGAGACCCGCAAGUCUCCCUAGCAGUCUUCUUUGGGCGAGGUCGUUUCAACAACGGCGUCAUAGUCCAGCCAGCGACGCCCUUUGACUCGAACGAUCUCGAAAAGGUUCAAGCGUUUCGCGAUGCGAUUUGGCCUACUAUAUGUCGCAUGAACGAGUACGCGCCCGCACACUCUCGCGUCCUUAAGGAGAUGAUUCUUGUCACAAGCCCCGAGAAACCACUGGAAUGGACGGCCAAAGGCACUGUGAGACGUAAUGUCAGCCUUGCCAAGUACGAGGACGAGAUAGAGGCCAUCUACAAGGCAGCCGAGUCUUCUCACGAUGGCCCGCAACGACCUGCCACUUGGACUCCUGAGACGACGCUCGCGUUCGUCCAUGCUGUAGUGGAGAUGGCCUUGAGUCAGAAGGUAUCGGAGAAUGACGAACUGUUCUCUCUCGGAUGUGACAGUCUUGCGGCAUCGACCAUUCGCAACAACAUCAUCCGUGCUCUUCGCACCACCCCAUCCGUGUCGGACGUCGAUCCAUCGCGCAAGGUUCCUCAGACCCUGGUGUACCAGCAUUCCUCUAUACGUGCCCUCAGCGACUUCGUCUUCGCGCUCGUGACUGGUCGCGAUCUCGAGCCGGACGCCGAAGCCAUCCUGGAGCAAAAGGUCCAUGCGAUGGAAGCUAUGGUCGCAAAGUACAGCGUCGAUUUCCCGCCUCCCCGCGUUCAGGCCGGUGGACCGUUACCCGAGCAAGAGACCGUGGUUGUCACCGGGACGACCGGCCGACUAGGGUGCCAUCUUCUCGCCCAGCUCAUCCAGGACCCGAGAGUCCACCGCGUCUACGCUCUUAACCGAGCGUCAAGUGGAGACGCGUCUCCUGAAGCCCUGCGUGAGCGCAUGCGCUACGCCUUUGAAACCUGGGAGCUCGAUCCUACUCUUCUCCAGAGCGAGAAGCUCGCUCUAUUCGCCAGCAACUAUGCAGCUGAACGUUUGGGACUGGACGCCGAUACCUACGCCGCGAUUGAGAGUCAGGUCACUACAAUCAUUCACAACGCCUGGCGCGUUGACUUCAACGUUGCACUCUCCGGUUUUGAGCCCCUUAUCGCCGGCCUACGUCGCCUCAUCGAACUGGCAAGUAACUCGCCGGUUCCCGGCGGAGCGCGCCUGCUCUUCGUGAGUUCUAUCUCUGUGCUCCUUAGUACGCCCUCGGAUCGACCCGCUCUGGAAGAGCCCAUCGUGGACGCUCGCAUCUCUGCCGGCUUCGGCUAUGCCGAGAGCAAAUGGGUCGCAGAGACGCUCUUGCUUCGUGCGCGAGAUGCGGUCGGUCUGCGCUCCGCCGCCGUACGCGUUGGACAAAUGUCUGGCGACACCCGCGUAGGAGGCUGGAACAAACAGGAGUGGGUCGGCGCUAUUGCCCGGCUCGGUCAAAUCGUGCAAGCACUUCCCAUGCGCGAUGAGCCUGUCACCUGGGUGCCCGUCGACAUCGCUGCCACGGCGCUUAUCGACAUGACUCGCUCAGAGGAGCCCUGCUUCAACCUCGUUGCGCCCGUCGCAUCCGAUUGGCAGACCGUUUUCGGCGCCUUCGCUGAACGCCUUAACUUACCUCUGAUCAAGUACGAGGAGUGGGCCGCUCGAGUUACUGCGGCGGCCGAGAGGAACACGAGCUCCGAAGACACCCAGCCGUUCGCGCUGGCGCAGUUCUUCCAGGAGGGUAACUUCGGGGAGGGCGCUUCCAUCUCCACGACGCGCGCAUGCAAGGUUUCGCCCACACUGGCGAAGAUGUCGCCAGUGGGUGCAGAGGACGUGGCAUUGUAUGUUGACUUCUGGAAGAAGAUCGGGUUUCUUCACGCUUAA